CUUCGACAAAUUUCCACUCACGAACUCAUGACAUAUCAACAUUCACACAAACAUGCACACUUUCCAAUGUUUUCAAUUUUUUUUUUUUUCACUUCUAAUCAUAACGAUGAGAUUGCCAGAACUGAACACUAAUUUAAGUUUCGACUUUCAAACAACCAACAAACGCGAAAUAUGUAAAAUAAAACAAUACUGUGAUCAAUACCAAACUACAAUCAGAGCCACAGACAGGGAAAGAAACAUGAUACUAGGAUGGUUAGAAAAGUACUACAGACAUGAAAAGAAAUCCACAAAUAAGUAAAAUGGAUAACUAAAUCAAUAUCAAUACUCUUAAGAAUCAAGAGUAGCAUGGCCCAUCCUACACCACUAACACACAAAAAAAAAUGGGAAUAUAUACACACACACCCCAAAAAAAACUAACAAUGAGGAAUGUCAAUGUAAUGUAACAAACAGCCAUCAAUGUGUGGCCAUCCCCUGUUGUAUGACCUGAAUUCAAUGGUGACAUCCCAAAACACAGACAAAUGAGAGGCAAACAAUCAAUGAUGAGUGCCGAAUCUGCUUUCACUCAUUUAUUCCACAGCAUAAUCUCCCACACUCGAAAUGCAAUGGACAUCUGAAGAGCUCAAUGCAGAAAGGACAGAACAACCAUCAGCACCAGGAGUGAGUGGUCUCUCUUCAUAAACAUUAGCCACAACCUUGUAAUUUUCAGCUGAGUGGAUAAUGCAUCCACUGAUGACGUGGUCAAACUGAAUAAUUACUUGAAAGAUCUUAAAGUUGUUAUAGAAAACAAAAGUGCAAUGGAAAGGAGCAUAAAACAGUCAAUUAUGAAAUUGGAUAUUGAGGAGAGUAAGAUGUUGGAAGAGAUUGAACGUUUGAUGAACCUCAAAAACCAACAAGCAUACAGUGCCUCUGAGUUGAUGCAAUUGAAGAACCAUGGUCAAGUAGCUAGCAAGGAAAUUGAAUACCAAGAACAAUUAUCAAAGGACUUGGGUAAUCAGGUGUGCAAUCUGGAAAUAGAGAUAUCAAAAUUUGAAACCAUCCUGAGAAACUCUGCUGACCAGCUUAAGGAAUUGGUGGAGAAACUAAGCUUGAAUGAAGAAUUCCCUGACAUUGAUGUGAAGAGUGAGGAUGUAAUCCACCACUAUGAUGACAUCAUGUGUAUCUUAACAACACUCAAAAAGGCAGCAAAGAAAGAUGCAUCUCAGACACAAGAAAAAAUGUUACAAUUAAGUCAUUAUGUUGAGAGGGCAAAAGGAACAUUACAAGAAAAAGUGGCAGAAGGUAAUAAGCUGAAAACAAAAACACGUCAUGUUAAAGAAGAAAACAAAGUCACACAAGAAGAAAUUAAGAGAGAUUUUCAGCUGAAAGUCUUAUUAUUUGAAAAUGUUGCCCUUCACCACAAAGCCUAAGCAAGUCCACCGUGAGAGCUUUGUGUAUGCAGAAAGGGGAGAUUAUUCUGCUCUGCUAGCUAUACAUUUUUUCCUCAGUCGUGGUUUCUAGUGCUAAUUUAUCUGGGUGUUUGAGUUUCUAUCGUAAUUUCAAAGGACAUAGUAACAAUUUCUCUAUAAUACCAUACCCACUGGCACUCUUCCCGGGGAUCAUACGCUUAGUGGACUCGUGGUGCAGCCAAGACUCUGUGGCUCAUCUGCUUCAGAAACUACUGAUACAGGUCUUCAAUGUGACAACCACAGCAUCUACUGACACAUAUGGAAAACUCAAGACAUAUCUGUUCUAAGCUUCAAAAAAUUUGAAUGUUUUCUGUCAAAUUUGGGGAAUGGUCUAUUCUGUCCUCUCUGCACAAGUUCCUCAUUUGUUAGUACUAAGUUAAGUCAAUGACAAUAUUCACAUUGCACCAAUUCAGUGCACAGGAUGUUUGUUUAAAACACCACGGGAUAUCACCAUCUGAGGCUUAUCAAGUAGAUGUAUCUGGCAUAGACACAUGUAAUAAUUAUCUUCUAAGACCACAGCCACUGCAUGAUAUUAGAAAAUGCACAAAAUUAUAUCUAAGUAAGAAGAAUCAAUUAUGAUUUUGAUGAUAAUCUUGUGUGUAUCUAAUUAAAAAUACUGAGGAAUUACUAAGUUCUUAUUAUUUAUAUACAUAUAUAUAUAUAUAUAUAUAUAUAUAUAUAUAUAUAUAUAUAUAUAUAUAUAUAUAUAUAUAUAUAUAUAUAUAUAAUUUUAAGGCACAUCAUAGUCCUAACACUGUACUGAAAGCUUCAAAGACACUUUUUCCUCUAACACUGAUUAUUGAGGAUUCAGCCACAUGUACAAACAUGCUCUGGUAUUUAAGUUAACAGUCAUGCAAGUUUCAAUGUAACACAAUAUGCAGGCAAAAGUGGUAGGCACAAACCUCAGAGCAACUGUAAAUCUAACACAGAUCUGACUGUAUUCAAGCACUUUAUGAGUGUGAGCUUCAAUCAAUUGUUAUAAAUGAUGUUAUAUCUCAUCCUCAUGCAGAAAUAUAAUUCACUGAUUACAUUUUUAUAAUUUUUUCCAUAUUGUAUCACAAACAUACAAGGUUAUAGAUAUCAUCAUAUGCACUUUUCCCAUCAUACACACCAAGUGUCAGACUGGUGACCUUAGUGACAACCAUUUUCACUAAUUCAACACAAGUGGAUACAUUAAUAUGGUAGGAGAGUUCCAAUACUAGUCAUGAUGGUGGAAGCAUAGAAAUGUCAAGAUAUGAAAUUAUGAGGCGAACAUGCAGGUUAUUGCAAAGGGUGCUGACUGCUUUAAAUCAUACAGGUAUUUGUUUUCUCCUCUCCUUGAGUUUCAGUAAAAACUAGUAUCAGCAAUAUAUUGUUAGUUACAGAAAGGCAAUAUAUUGUUAGUUACAGAAAGAGAAAUUCCAGAUGACGGUGAUAAUGAUGAUGAAUGAUGGUGAUCAUAACGAUGAUAAUGAGAAACAUAUGUAAUAAAGUUUUGUGAAUUAUUGGUAUUACUAUGUAGGUAAGUGUUGAUUAAAAUGUAAAUUCCUAUGCAUGGCAGAACUGUUUAAAACAUUUUGAAGAGCAUAUUUCAUAUUUAAAAAGAUUGUCAUGCUUUUUUUCUACACUUGUUAUCUACAUUACAAUACACUUACACAUUUACAUAAUUAAUCUUACUAAGAACAAGACCGUAAGCAGCAGAGUGUUUUGUGGCUAUUCAUAAAGCAGGGAGGUCUUGGCACACUGAACAAUGCUUUAUUUCAAACUUGAAACCUAUUUUUUCCUGAGAGGAAGAGAAUCACCUCAACGUUUUCUUCCUAUCAUGUCAACUGACACACAGCAAAUACCACACACUGGAAUGUGUAAAAGGACACCUUAAGCAGAUUUCUGAUGGGGAACUAAACUCAGCAACAACAAAUAUUUUAGUCAUUUUAGUUUUCACUGGGUUCUGGUUUAUCAUUUUUGCAACUGCUGUACACAUUGCAAGGGCUUUUAAUAUGGAUUUGGCAUACAUUUUUACAUUUAAAAGCUACUCUCCACAUUCCAGUCCUCAUUACGUCAUAACCCAACAAUUUUUUGGUGGAUAAAAUAUUGCUCUUAUGGUAAAUGAUUACUGUCCUUUUAAACAUGUCACCACCAAUAUUUCAAAUCAUUUCUCCAUACGAAACAGCCUUUCAGAUGAUCGCCAACUCUUCUGUGAUACUGUUACUCUCCCAAAUUUAUACAAGUCUUUUCAAAAUCUUCAUAACUAUCUUAAUUUAGUUAUAGGUAAAAAGAGCUUCAACAAAUUAAGUUAUUCACCAUCAGAUAAUAUUUCCUUCUUUAAAAAUCUUCAAUUUUUCAUAUGAUCACCCAACUUUAGCUGUUAACUAAAAACUGCUUUCCUCCCAUAAGUUUCUGCACAAGAUUAUUUAUUUUCAGCUCUGCCCUGUCCAUCUAGUUAUUCAGAAAAGUCAACGUCACUUUGAAAACACUGAAAUAAUACACUGAUGUAUUUUUUAUAAUUAUACAACUGUCUAUACAUUCUCUCAACAGUGAAAUAAAGCAACAAUAUGUGUAAAACAAUGUGUGUACAAGUGUGGUAUUCUGACAGCCUAAUAUACCGAUAUGUAGAUUACCAUUAGCAUCAUAUUACAAAUUUUACUGUUCCCUUUGCACAAGAGACAAACUGGCAACACACUCCUUGGCCAAGUCGGGUGGAUACUGCCCAUAUGCUGAUCAAGUGCUGCAAAAGAUAACUAAAAGGAAUGCAGUACAGGGACUUGGGACUCAUCCUCUGUUACACUGAUAGACACUAAUGUUAUUGACUGCAACCCUUAACUUGUAUUCAUAUUCCUACAAUGAUGAGAGACUUUGACUUAUCUCGUCAACCUACCUUUGUGGGAUAAGUCACUCUCAUACACAGAUUAUCAAUAAACUCUCACUCUUAUGUUCAUCCAGACUUGACAUCUUCACUAAUCCACAUGAUAACUUUAUGCAAUCCACAUAAAGUUGUAUUGAAAUGACUCAUAAAUAUGAACACAGAAUACAUACCAAGUAUUCCUCUGAACAAUAUAUUAUGAACCUCCACAGAAACAACCAUAUAACAUCUUUAAAUUAAUCUAUACAUUCUGAAACAAAUUUUAUGCAAUGGGAAUGUUAAAUCUAUAAGUGUGUACAUACAGACAGUUAUAUUGCACCAGUCAUGCCAAGAUGGGGAAAAAGUGUAUUAAUUCUAAACUCAAGGAUAAUGAGUGAUAUGGCAGUGAUGCUCAGAGAGAGAGAGAGAGAGAGAGAGAGAGAGAGAGAGAGAGAGAGAGAGAGAGAGAGAGAGAGAGAGAGAGAGAGAGAGAGAGAGAGA